AUGUAUGAGCCAUAUGCGGUAAACGAGCCGCCGACAGAGCGGCCCAAGAUCCUCUGUCUCCACGGCGGAGGGACAUCGGCGAUGAUUUUCCAGAUCCAACUCAUCAGGCUGUCGCGGAUGCUGGAGCCGCAGUUUGAAUUCGUUUUCCUGGAUGGACCGAUCGAGGGGGAGGCCGGGCCCGGGGUGCUCCCUGUGUUCGAGGGAUGCGGGCCAUUCCGGCGGUGGGUGACGGACGACCCGUCGCUGCCGGCAGAGGAAGUGCAGCGGCAGAAGGAGACGGCGAUGGAGCUGCUCAAGAUGUACAUGCAGCAGACGGGGCCGUACGUCGGCGUGAUGGGGUUCUCGCAGGGGGCGCGGGCGGCGGCGAGCCUGUUGCUCGAGCAGCAGCGGCAGCCGUUCGUGCCGUACAACCUCUUCGGGGUGUUCCUGUGUGGGACGUAUCCACCGUUCGUGCCGGACGACGAAAAGAUCAAGGCUCCGACGGUGCACGUGGUGGGGCUGUUCGACCCUUGGAAGCCGGCGAGCGAGGAGCUCAUUGAGCUGUGUUCGGAGCAGAGCACGCGGCAGGUGGUGAGGUUCGCGGGGGGGCACCAUCUGCCAAACGUGCCUGACACGAUUCAGAACAUUGCGGCCAUGGUGAUUGAUAUUUGGAAGGAGACAUCGGCUGCGAGGGUCUGA